CCCGACGUUGGCUGUUGAUGUUGAACCCACAAUGAGGUGCUGUUAGCCACGUAGAGGUCGCGGGGUAUUAAAUCAUAUCUCCGUGGUCCAAGGGUGUAUUUGAGCUCGAGGCCAGCGCCUUUUGUAUAGCCCCCCUCGAUCUUGUUUUCUUGAUUUUGUUUCUCUGCCUGGCCUUCUUCCUUUUCAAACACACUACCGGCUGAAUAAUCGCCAAGUCUCACUCUCGGCCCCCCACCCGUCCUGUUUCCGCGGAAUAGACAGACUGCAAAAAGUCAUGACUGACUACGACGUGAAGGGCAAGAUCGCCUUGGUGACAGGGGCGGGGUCCGGCAUCAACCACGUCAUGGCGCAGCGCCUCCUCGAGGCCGGCUGCUCCGUCAUGUUCGCCGACCUGAAGCUGCGGCCCGAGGCCGAGGCCACGGUGGCCAAGUACCCGCACCCCGCGCCGGCCGGCACGAGUGGCGCCUCGGCCGCGUUCCGGCAGACCGACGUGGCCGACUGGGCGCAGCUGACGGCGCUGUGGGACGAGACGCUCGCAAAGUUCGGCCGGAUCGACAUCCUGGUCAACGGGGCGGGGAUCUACGAGCCGCCGACGUCGGCGUUUUGGAACCCGCCGGGCGUCUCGCCCCUGGCCGAGGACGCGGCCGACGGCGGCAUCUGGAAGACGUUUGCCGUCAACACUAUGGCGCCCAUCCGGCUGGCCCAAAUGGCGCUCGACUACUGGACACAGAACCGCGAGGUAAAGGGCGCCAUCCUCUGGGUCGUCAGCGCCGGCGCCUACCUCCACUCGAUCCAGACGCCGCUGUACUUCUCGUCAAAGGCCGCCGUCCUCAGCGUCGUCAAGUCGCUGCAGGGGCUGAAGCAGCUCAUCGGCGUGCGGAGCUCGGCCAUUUGCCCGGCUGCCGUCCGGACCCCGCUGUUCGAUCAGGACCACUGCAAGGACCGGCUGGGCAAGGACGACCCGGCGCUGACGGCGGAAGAGGUGGUGGCCGUCAUGAUGGACGCGCUGACGCUCGAGGUCCGCGGCAACGGCGACGUGAUCGAGGUGCAAAAGAUCGCCGAGGGCGACAUCGACGUGCGCGACGUCAAGCUCGAGGCCCUCUACCCGCCGCGCAUGCCCAUCUCCGCGGACACCACGGCCAUGGCGGAGGAGCUCAAGUUCAUGCAGAAGGUGGCCGACAAGGGCAUGCGGUCCUCGUACGAGUAGGUAGAGAGAACGGACGAAUGUUCCCAGCAGAAACAAAGAAAAAAUUAUGAAGAAUCCCCCUCGUGUGCAAAUUUGGGUCUGCACCAGCCACCUCAGCCGUUGCAUGACGGCUCGUGCCGCCGAAGGUGCUAGCUAACAUGUGUGCUCGGGCAACGGGGUGGGUGGUAGGGGAAUUGACCUGUGCUCCCACGAUGACGCAUCCCUUCUCCACAAUGGCUACGUCAAGACAGGGGGGAGACCAAAGAGGGACACGCUCUUCUGAAUUUCAAUAUCUUUGUCGUCUACGGUCCCAAGGAUCACAAACUUUAGUGCGGUGGAUCCUUCCUGAUUCAGCCAGUACUCAGUUACAUUUUUCACCAUAAAAAAUUCCGCCAAAUCAAUGUAUCGCUACCCGCGCCUCCAUUUGCCACAGUUUGCCAUAGACCCACUAAUGGAGGUGCGGG